AAUAACAACAACAGCAUCAACAGGCUACAACAAUCGCCAUCAUCUGCUAAGGGUCUAGUAAAUUGUCUAGUAGCCUUUGCGUGAGCCAUUGACGGAUCCGUUUCCGGGCAGCGUAAGGGUUGCGUGCCAUCCUUCUGCCGGUCCGGGGCGACCUGGUUCGCUUCCAGGAGGAUAGGACAGCGGGGCGGAAAGCUAUGGCCACACGAGAAAAGAAGGCCCGAUCGGUGACCGCAGAUUCUCCUACACCCUCACUCGGCAGCGCAAACAGUGGAAGCAGCAGCAACAUUAGCACGAUCGCCAUAAACAUAGGCAAUACAGUAGUAACAGGCUCCGGUGGAGCGACCAGUAGUGGUGGUGGAGGUGGUGUAGAUGGUGGAAGCGCUUCAGCACCAACAACGCCAACAUCAAGCAGAAAAGGAGCUACGACAGCGACAAAUGUAAACAGUGUAGGCGUCAGUGCGACAACUGGAAACGUUGGUGGUAGUGGAGGUAGUACAGCAUCUUCUUCCUCUUCGUCGACGACGCGGGCAUCCUUAAGUCGGGCAAAGUCAAAGCAGCUGCUGCUCAGCGACGAACCAGCGGCUAGCAACGACGAUCCGGUUCCACUCGCUUCGCCCUCUGAAGGAUCCACCAACACCGUCGUCACGACACCGACCCGCGCGACACGCCGUGGAGGAAGCAUCGCGCGGGAAGAUUCGGUCGGGCCGGAUGCAAAUGCGUCUUCGGCGGUGGCCUCAGCAACUCAGAGUUCAAAGGAGAAAGAAGACAUGCCCCAAUCUGCGGCGGCCGGUACGUCGAAGGAUCACACCAAGUCUCCGGCAAUCGGGGCCCGGCAGCGGGCGGCGGCAGCGGCAGCGGCUGCAGCAGCCAAAACCAGCAAGCAGUCGGUAGCGAAAAAUCCUACCAGCACCACUGAUAAGCACAGGAAACACCGGGUUGUAGCCCUCAAGCGUACCCUGCUCAAACGAAAGGGUAAAAAGAUCAUUGGAAAGCCGAUCCUCGGCAAGAAGGGUGUCGCGAGAAGACAGUUGGCAGCGUCGGCGGCAGCAAAAACCUCGUCAGCGCGAGCCACUGUCGCCAUGCCAACGAAAAAGGAAGUCACCACCGCCACCUCGCCGACCAGCUCGUCGGCCAAAGAGGACACCGAUCUCCUUAGUACGCCCAGCCUGCGCAACGGGAAGCCCCGUAACUCGGACAGUCCCGUGGCAAAGCGCAAGUCGGUCGGUGCGGCACUAAAACGUGAGAUCAACAAAUCGCCCGAUCCACUGACGGUCACACCGGCACAGGUUAAGAUCGAGCGGCGACGGUCCAGCUCGAUGCCCAAGUCGGAGGACGGUGAUGCCGCUGGGUUCGAGUUCAAGCGCGAACUGCUCGACGAUGAGGUGCGCUGUAAGAUAGUGGACAAGAUGGCCGAAGCGUUCAAUGGACGCAAGCAGGAGGUGACGACACCGGGGGGCACGCUGCGCCGUAGCAUGCGCCAGCGGAAGAGUACCACCCGGGAUAAGGAUGAAUUCGCAACGCCACGGUUGAAGGGUGCCGGUUCGCUGGUAGACAUCAAAGUCGAGCCAGCGGAAUCAACGGAGGAAGGUGAAGUUGAUAUUGGUGGCACUGCGCAACCGACGGCACCGUUAACGAUCGAUACGGGAGAAGAAGCGGAAGGGUUGAAGGACGAAGAACCUACGGCCGCUAGCACCAGCAGCAGCAGUAGUAGUGGUAGUGUUGGCACCGCGGGAAAUGUGGUUGUAGGGGAGGGAACCGAGCCUGUGGAGAAGGAUCCAUCGCUCAGCCCGGAACUGAUCAGUGAGGGUGUGUCGGAGCUGAGCGUGAAGGAGUGCUACAGCGAGCCGGCCUUCCUGGAGAACAAUCUCGGUAUCGAGAAGGAUCCGAAGCUGGGCGAAAUCGUGCAGGGGCGCUUCCGGUGCGAUAAGGUUAGUGACGCUAGUGGUGGUGCUUGUGAGGAGGAUGAGGAAGAGGCAGUUGUGGAGGAGGUGAAGAUGAACGCUAGCGGUGGUGGUGAUGAUGAUGAUGUUGUUGUUGUGCAGGAGGAGGAGGAAGAGGAGGACAAGGAGGAGGAAGUGCAUGUACAGGAAUCGGUUGCGGCCGUAGAGGACGAGGAAGUGAAGGACGACGGCAACGAAGCGGAAGUACCCGUGGUGGUUGCCGAUUCGACGAUGGAAGCUUCCGACCGUAUCGUGGGGGAGACCGUGGAGAGUGUGGAGGGAGACAAGGAGCAGAAAGAAGACGAUGAGAAAAUGAUCGUCGAUGAGGAUCAGCAGCCUUUGCCUGCUGUGGCGAAGGAUGAAAACGAUGAGGAUGUUACUCCACCGGAGAUUGAAAUGGUAGAAAUCACGGAAAACAGAGAUGAAGACGACGCAAUGGAGGAGGAGGACGUAGAAGUUGUGGUAGAAUUGGACAGCGGAAAAGCGGACUCUGAUUCCGAAACGGUUGCCUCGGAGCGCGUAGAAGAAAGUGUAGCGAAGGAAGCGGAUAAAAAUGAGAACGAAGCGGAUGUGGAGAUGAAUGAAGAACCUACGGUCGAGGUGGUGGAGGAGGUGGUGAACGAAGUAUCGAAAGAUGCCACUGAGGACAAGGUGAUGGAAGUCGUUGUAGAAGAGGCAGUAGAAAUUGGUGACAAGGAGAAAUCGCCACCGGCGGAACAAACGUUGGGCGAUGAAAAAUCAAAGACUGCGUCAGAGGAUGUGGCAGAGGUGGCUACUGUCCCAACGGAAGCUGAUAAGAGUGGAACAGCGUCACCGGCUCGUCUCGAGCGACCAAUUUCCAAAACGCCCACCGAAAGCAAUGGCACCACCGUUGCCUCUGUUGGCGAGAGUGAACAAUCAAACGGAAACAAUCAACAAACACCACGCACGCAGAAGGUGGCCGCGAGUGCUACGACGACGACACCGAAGGCAAAGUCCACGGCAGGUGGUGGCACUGCGGUACCGACACCGACCGGUAGUGGUAGUGGUAAGGAAACCAAGUCAAAGUCACGCGCUACUAAGGAAAAGACCAAGGACGAUGAAAAGACACGUGAAGAAAAGUUGCGUCAGGAGAAGCUGCGUGUGGAGGAGAAGGUUCGGGAAGAGAAGCUGCGGGCCGAGAUGAGACUGAAGGAGGAACUGCUGCACCAGAAGGAUGGUAUACCGAUAGUAGUGCUGGAGAACGGAACCGCCGAUGAAGUGCCAAGCGCGAUCGGUGGAAGAAGUCCUGCAUCGUCGCGGGCGGAGGGUAAAGACUCACCAAAUCCAGCGGGGGAUAAAGCAAUCGGUGGAGGUGUUGAGAAAGAGCAGAAGACUGACCCCGCCGUGACGGCGCUGAUUGCAUUGCCUGCCAUUACGAUUUUAAAGAAGGAAACUGGCACCAGCAACGUUGCCGCCGGAACGCCGAAAAGAAAGCUCUCGAAAGAUGCAGCGGAAACGGGAACCGGGCUGGUGGGUCAGAAGCUCCAAGCGGAACUAGAGAUAUUGCCCAUCCCGGCAGAGCCGACGGGUAAGGAGGAGAAGCAACAAUCCGUCAAGGAACCCACGGUUGUGCCAACAUCUUCCGUCGAUUCCGUCGAGUCACCGUUGCAGAUCAUAUCGAAGAGUGAACAGGCCGCCGCAGCCGUCACGAUCACCGUGGCGAAGGCGGUUGAGGGUGUCGCUGAUGGCAACAAGUCGCCGUUACCACCGGCCACCUCAUCAUCAUCCUCGGCGGCGCUGACUAUAACAAAAAUCGAAGACGAACGUGGUAGCGCAACUCCUUCCCCGAAUGGAAGUGGCGAUGAAAAGAAGCUUAAACGGACGGCGGCUGCGGUGGCGGCGGGUAGCACUCUUGUGGCCCAACUUCCCGCCGAUAAGGCAUCGAUCGUCGUCGUCACCGGUAAGGAGGAAGUGGCUCCACCCGCCCUCCGGCUGCUCGAAGAAUCCGAUGACGUGGCGAAACAGAAGGAAUCCCACCUGAAGAACCUUGGGCUGCUGACGAUUCGGGCGGCAUGCGAAGAAAAGCAACGCCGAGCGGAACAGAAACCAUCCGCCCCGGAUGGUUUGUCCGGCGAUGGGACAACGUCGGCGGGCGGGGGAGAGGGAUGGCUUGCGGGUGCUAUCGGCAGCGGUCAGCCCGGCAGCGCCGGUAGCAACGGAAGCGGAACAGGUGCCAGCGGCGGUCGUAACGGGAGCAAUAAAUCAGCGCGUGGCUCGCGCGACGAAUACACGGUUUCGAUGAAAACGACCGUGCUUUGCGGCAAGGGUGGUGCCGGUGGUUCGGGUCGUGGUGAAAAACGCAAACAGCAGCGUAUGCCACUGAAGAUGACGUUCCAAAAGGGCAAGGGUAAAGGCGCGUCGGCGGGUGCUGCCGGCGGCGGGAGCGUUGCGGUUCGCGAUUCAUCCAACGGUUCCGGCACGUCCAGCAAUGGAAGCGCGGCGGCCGGCUAUGGAACCGACGGGGGCAGCAACGGGGACACCUUCUACACCAUCCACAACAACGAGCUUGAUCAGCACUCGUCGAACUCUUCCGAUGGACAUUCGCACCGGGACUCGUCGACGGGUGGCCGGAAGGCACACAGCCGAUCUCAUACAACUGAUGGUGUCAACCUAUCGGACAGCGUUGGUGAGAGCUCGGCGGUGGACAAAGCCAUUCAGAAGUCGCUGGUCAUCCCGGAGAAGGCGUCCUCUUUCAAUGUGCACCCGGAGCGGCUCUGCCAGGACCAGUGCUUCUACUGCGGUGGCAAGUUUGGCCUGUACGACACGCCCUGCCACAUCGCCGCCAUCAAAUCGACCGAGCGCCAGCAAAAGAUACUUCUUGCCGAAUCCAAAAUCACUCUCGACAGUUGCCUGUGCGAUGCGUGCUUCCGCCAUGUUGAUCGUAAGGCGAACUAUCCUUCACAAAAGAAAAAGACGGCUUCCAGCGGCCCGCAGCAGCAGCAAAACUCUGCCUCCACCGGCUCCUCGUCGACGUCGGCUUCCGGUGGCAACACCUCGCAGUCUACCGUCUCACCGAUAGUGAUCAAGAUGACCACCAACAAGGACGGUUCGACUAGCAUCACCGGCCAGCAGCAGAAUCAUCACCACCAACCGAUGGUGAUUGACGAUGGUAGCGGAGUGCCCGGUGCUGGCAAUGCGCGCGAAAUCUGUGCCGUACGCCAGUGCACGGCCCAUGCGAUGCAAUCGCUCCGCCGCAAAUGGGUGCUCAAGAUGAAGCGUAAAAUCGGCAAACAGUUGGACAUUAAUCUCGAGCAGGCGGCCCGGGCGACUACGGAAAACAUCUCCAUCUGCAACCGGCACUACGAGCAGAUCAGCCACCUGAUGAUAUGCGCCAUGUGUACGAAACCGCUCCAGAGAAACCACGUCUACCAUAUGUAUAAUAAUAUUCCUCAAUUAGAGCGCCUGCUUCAGCAGCAGGGAAUCGACAUCAGGCUGAGCAGUUCGGAGCUGGUCGUGUGUAAAUUAUGUAGACAUUAUGCUAAUUUGAUGUUUAAGCCACCGGAUCCAAAAUCACAGAAGGCUCAAUUUAUUAAGAAUUACAAACGAAGAUUAUGUACGGCCCGGCAGCGUGACGUGAACGAGCUGAGCGAGCUGCCUUUGGAGGUGGAAGUACAAAGUGUCGACUCGCUAGACGGUUUGACGAGCGAUGGGGUGGCGCCUGCCCUCUCGACGGUGGACAUUGUCAUCUCGGACGGCGAGGACGAUGAUGUCGAGGAUGAUGAGGUGGAAGAGUACCGGGACCCCCUGCAGCAACAACAACAACCGCUGAGUCAGCAAAAGCUGGCGAAAGUUAGUGAACUGUUUUCGAUGGGUGAGAACUCGGUUUCGUUGCGACGCCGGGGCAGCUCCCGGAAGUCGCCGGAUGUGAGCAUCAUUGAAAACAGUGGCAGCAGCAGCAGUAGCAGCAGCAUGGCGCAGAUGAGUGACCGUCUGGGAGAAAUCACCAUCAUACCGACAACGAAGACCUAUGCCGCCUCAGCGCAGCACCAGAACCAACAGCAAUCACGGGAUGAUAACUUCGACAUGACCCGCGCGCUUAAGUCGAACCCGAACAUUUCGAUGCGGGAGUUGUUCCCGGGCGAGGAGGAAUUGGGCAUUCACGUGAACAUCCCGUUCAGCUCGUCGACGGCGCGUACUCCCGAGGGUUGGACGAAAGUUACCUCCACCAUCCAGUACGACGAUAACACCCGUGCCCUCUGGGAUGAGUUGCAGAAACCGUACGGCAAUCAGUCCAGUUUUCUGCGCCAUCUGAUCCUGCUGGAGAAGUACUUCCGCAACGGUGAUCUGAUUUUGUCACCGCAGGCGAAAACCAGCGCUACUACCUACUCGGAGGCGGUCCAGAGUCGGUUGCGUUCGUUCGACAACGUGCCGACACUCUCGUCACCACCGGCUCUUGCCUCACUAACGCCGGCCAACGUAACGCAUCAGGAUAAGACAAGCAACAUUUUCCAGCAGUUUAGCAGUGCCACCAUCACCAUCGUUCCGGCAUCGAAAGCCCGCGCCCGGGUGCCUUCGUCUUCUGCUACCAACGCCGGUACAGGCAACAGCAACAACUCAUCCGAUGGCGCUUCUCUCUCUACGGUCGGUCCGGUGAGUUUGCUAAAGUCGAACAAUUUACGGCCGAGCGGCAGCAGUGACAAGGCGUCCGCUAACAGUUUGAAACGCAAGCUUUCGAACGAAGGCAAACCGGUUGCGGCAACGGCAGUCGCGAUCCCGCCGAACUUCGGAACUUCCGGUGGCGGAAUUGUAUCGAAGGUGGCUAAACUGGACGAACCUAAGGCGGCCUCUUCGGCGCCACCGGAACUGAUUAGUAUCAAUCGAAAGUCGAACAUACCGGUAACCACCGUUCCUACCGCCAGCCUAGUGGCGUCCACUUCAGGCGCAGUCCCUCCUCCACCGCCGUUGAAGCAGCAGUCUCUACUGCAGCAACCGACGGCGAUGCAGCAGCAGUCGCAGGCGAAACGAUCACCACCGUCAUACGCCGCCAGUACGUCCACAAAUGCCGGCUCCCAGCAGGAACAGCAACGGGAAAUCAUUCAGAUGCCGGAACAUUUGACAGAAUCGGAGCGCGAAGAGGCGACUGCUAAACCGUGGCGUCCAACGCUGCUUCCUAUUGCACCCGGAGCGGUCGAGAGUCUGAAGUACGGCCCGCUUUAUCAGACGGCCGACGGGCGUCUGCUGCCGAUGCUGGUGCAGGUUAUGUCCGGUGGUAAACCGUACCACAUCUCGAUCGACGAUUACAAUCGGAUGUGCAUUCUUCGGCGCGAGAAGUUGCUGCAGCAGCAACACAACAACAACAACACACAGUCAACGACGGCGGCGAUGGCGACAGCGGCGACGGCUGCUACGAUAUCGACGAUGGCCACCAAACGUGCCCUGCAAGCUCCGGGAAUAAGACCAUCCGGUACCUCUGGCACCACAGCAACUGGUGGUACCUCUUCGGCUGUUAGUUUGCUUCCACCGGCACUUCGAUUGUCGGUGCCUUCGGUGGAAAACUCCCCCAUCGGCACCGGUGUAACUACGAUUACGCCCGCAACAACUAGCACGCGACUCGUGCAGCUACCGAAUCAGAUUCUGGAGCAAAACUCCCUCAUUCCGAUCGCCGGAAGUAGUCGACUCGGUUCGGCCGGUAGCGCACAGCAGAAACAGCAUAGUAGUAGCAGCGGCAGCAACAGCAGCCUUACGGUAACCAUGACGACCGCCAUCAACAGCAACAACCUAUCAAAAUCGGCGACGAGCAGCAGUAGCAGCAACGCUGUAAAACCACUUACGCUUCCCAACAGUACCACCGUCUACCCGAUGGUCAUCUCGGCCAACACAAUCUCACUCCCGUCGGCCUCGACGGCAUCCUCCUCCACCUCAUCAUCCUCCGCGUUAGCGUCCAUUGGUUCCGCCGGUGGUCCGUUGGGGAUGAUGUUUUCACAGGCGUCCUCGAUUGGGCGUUCGAACGCUUCGGCGACCUCGCUCGUACUCACCCAGCAACACCCGACGACGGCGCCAUCGCUCACCAACAAUACGGUGAACUUGUCCGUCAACAGCAGCAGCAGCAACAGUAGCAGCGGCAACAACCCGCUCGACCUGCUGCUGAAGGGUGGCAGCCACGUGACCCAGUCCCAGCUGCAGGCCUUCGCUGCCGCCGCCGCCAACGGCAACGCCACGGUCACGGGCACACUGUUGGACAACUCGCCCGCCCAGCUGCUGUCCAAGAUACCAAAAUCGUUAACUGUGAUACCACAACAGAAACAAAGAUCAAUGUCGCGCGUUUCCUCGCACGAGGACCAACACAGUGCCUAAUAGUAGAGCAGAGUCGGGGUGGAAAUUGGAACGAGAGUUAGCGAAAGGAGAUGGAAAGAACAAACUCUACAAACAACCACACAACACUUACUACAAAGUUACAAAUUGUACGACCAGAAAGGAGGAGGAACAGAUGUGCGUUAGGCUUUAUACGGAAAAUGAAUGUGAAAGGAAAACGAGAGUUAAAUUUAAGAAGAAAUUGCCGCAAAAUACAAACGCAAUUAUGAAGUCGCCUAAUUGCACGGUAGCAAACAAAUACGUUAGGAAUAUAAAAUUGAAAUCAAACAAGUUUACAAGUGAAAUUUCCCCGUGUAGAGAGCUAGAACAACAAACAAACAAAACAAAACAAACAAAUACCUUACACAACUGCCCAACUGCCUCGAAAAGAGUCCGCCUAAGACAAAUGUUGUCGCAGUUUGGUUCGAUUUUAGAGCAAAAAGAAUUACAAUAUCACGUUAGCGCCUGGCAGAAAGUUAUUUAGAAUUCCUAGUUGUACAAAAACAAAAAAGCAAAACUGUGGGCGCCGAAUGUGUGUGAAUUUGUUUUCAAACCCAUUGUAUACCUAUUAUCCGUAAUACCCGUUCUUAAAACAGCUUCUUAUUUCUUAUUUAAUGCUCCUCUAGUCAUUAAUGCUUUUUCGGACGAGAAAUUUUUCUUGUUGAUCUUUUCUUUAUGAACUUCUUCGUUCACCAGAACUAGAGUACGUGGUGAGAUCAUCCUUCGCGAGCAAGGAAACCGAUCGAAUGCUAUGUUCGUAACGUCUAUCAAACAAAUCACGGGCUAAGAAAAUGAAACGAAACGGAAAACAAAUGCAACAUAUCUAAAGUGUUACGGCGUGUGCAUCCCAAGGUGUAUCCCCAAGUACAUUCCACAACAGAGAAAAAAUCACUGCAGCACGUCACUGGUCAUGUGGCUCGAGAGCGAGACCGGCCAACAUUAUGUAGAUCGUGGAGGAGAACAGAAAGAGAAUCGUUUUUGUUUUUUGGUUUCCACCGACAGAGUUUGGUGUAAUUUUAAUACCCAAUACUUUAACCCACCUCCGUUUGCUUAUAGUUCGAUCGGCCAAGCAACAGAGAAGACCUUCCGGUAGCUUCGGCCAACACAGAUCAUUUGAGGUUUAUCAGUGCAUCUCCGCCGCAAACACAGCCAUUUGUGUGUUUGCAGUGCGCAGAUGGUCAACAUGUGUACAUAAUUGUUUGGUAAAUUUAAUUUAUUACUAUUUAGUGUUGGAAUAUAGAAUUAAGUUAAGCAAUUUUGCUAACUAACAGAUGAAAACAGGAAUCAACCAGGGAAAGUAGUAACGUCCGGAGGUGAAGAAUUCGUUAGUUUUUUUUCCCCCCGUGGUAGAAGGGAAUGUAUUUUGAACUAUUAAUUAAAUAAUUAAUUUACAACCAAUAGGAGUAUGCUUCACACUUUGAUAGAUGCAGUCCAAUUCCCCUCCCCCUUCCCAUGUAUUUGCCGACGCAAAAGAAAAAAUCGGUCGGAAGUGUCGAAUACAAACUUAGGUGUAUUAUUUUGUGUGAAAAAUACUACGAAUCAUUACUUUGUUAUCUUAUCAGCCAACCGGAGCAUUCUGUCGAACGCGUGUUUUUCAACCAAUAUGGUAUUUUUCUUUAACACACACGUUGGGCUGGUCAGUUGGGAGCAAAAAGAGAGCGAACAAUUUAGGCCCCUUUUAGUGGGGAACCCUCCUCACGUGGGGAAGCUACAUAUACGACAUCAUCAUAGUCAUAGGAUUCGUUUCGCCAAGCCCGGGCACUGAAGAAGAAGCAGCAAGAAAUAGUUAUUUCAACUCCCGUUAGGCAAUCCAAAACAAUACCACACUCAUCCGUUAAAACUAAUAAGGGCCAAGACGAAUAAAAGCAUGAGGAUUGUUGAACUAGUA